GUCGGGACUGCUAAUGGAUUUAGGGAAAGCGCAAGUGACCAUGCCGUGAUCUUGCGCAUCCAGGGCCGCCGUCACCCUGCCUUGCCCAACAACCGUACACGAAUUACGGGGGAAUCGAACCCGCGCACCGGGGGGAUUAAAACCACUGUGCAUUUUUUAAAAACAACAUGAAGAUUACCUCCCAUCAUCUGAUGAUAACCAGUCUCGUUUUCAGGUCCAACCUCAGGCUGAUCCCGCUUCUGCUGCUGUUUCUUGGUUACUCUCGCGGGAUGCCACACGUUUUAAGAUUUGGAGGAAUAUUUGAAUCCAUUGAGAGCGGCCCCUCCGGAGCAGAGGAACUAGCCUUUAAAUUUGCUUUGAACACAAUCAACAGGAACCGCACCUUGCUCCCUAACACCACACUGACCUAUGACAUCCAGAGAAUAAACAUCUUCGACAGCUUUGAGGCCUCCAGGAAAGCAUGUGAUCAGCUUUCCCUCGGGGUGGCGGCCAUUUUUGGCCCCUCACACAGCUCGUCGGCCAACGCAGUCCAGUCCAUCUGCAAUGCUUUGGGAGUGCCCCACAUCCAGACCAAGUGGAAGCAUCAAGUGUCAGACAACAGGGACUCGUACUAUGUCAGCCUGUACCCCGACUUCUCCUCCCUCAGUAGAGCCAUCCUCGACCUGGUGCACUUCUUUAAGUGGAGAACCGUCACUGUGGUCUAUGACGACAGCACAGGUCUCAUCCGACUGCAGGAGCUGAUCAAGGCACCGUCACGAUACAACAUUCGUUUGAAGAUUCGACAGCUGCCCACAGAGACCAAGGAUGCCAAGCCACUUCUGAAAGAAAUGAAGAAGGCAAAGGAGUUCCAUGUCAUUUUCGAUUGUGGGCACGAGAUGGCUGCCUGGAUACUGAAACAGGCCCUGGCCAUGGGUAUGAUGACAGAGUACUACCAUUAUAUUUUUACUACCCUGGACCUUUUUGCCCUGGACAUGGAGCCGUAUCGUUACAGUGGAGUCAACAUGACGGGGUUCCGCAUCCUCAACACAGAAAAUUCUCAGGUGUCGUCAAUCAUCGAGAAGUGGUCAAUGGAGCGGCUACAAGCCCCGCCCAAACCCGACUCAGGCCUGCUGGAUGGAUUCAUGACCACGGACGCGGCGCUGAUGUAUGAUGCCGUGCAUGUGGUGGCAGUGGCGGUGCAGCAGUCGCAGCAAAUCACGGUCAGCUCUCUGCAGUGUAAUCGCCACAAGCCGUGGCGCUUCGGUGGGCGUUUCAUCAGCCUCAUCAAAGAGGCUCACUGGGAUGGUUUGACGGGACGCGUUCUUUUCAAUAAGAGCAAUGGACUAAGAACAGAUUUUGACCUGGAUGUCAUCAGUCUGAAGGAGGAGGGACUGGAAAAGAUUGGAACAUGGGAUCCUCCCAGCGGUCUGAACAUGACAGAGUCUCACAAAAGCAAGACGUCCAACAUCACCGACUCUCUGGCUAACAAAUCCCUUCGUGUAUCCACGAUACUGGAGGAGCCAUAUGUGAUGUUUAAGAAGUCGGACAAGCCUCUGUAUGGGAACGACCGUUUUGAGGGCUUCUGUAUCGACCUGCUGAGGGAGCUCUCCGGCAUCCUGGGCUUCCGCUAUGAGGUGCGAUUAGUGGAAGAUGGGAAGUACGGCGCACUUGAUGAGGGUACGGGCCAGUGGAACGGGAUGGUGCGGGAGCUCAUGGACCAUAAAGCAGACCUGGCAGUAGCUCCUCUGGCCAUCACCUACGUCAGAGAGAAGGUCAUUGACUUCUCCAAGCCCUUCAUGACACUGGGGAUAAGUAUCCUGUACCGCAAGCCCAACGGCACCAACCCAGGGGUCUUCUCCUUCCUCAACCCCCUCUCGCCCGAUAUCUGGAUGUAUAUUCUGCUGGCUUGCUUGGGUGUCAGUUGUGUGCUGUUUGUCAUAGCCAGGUUUAGCCCUUAUGAGUGGUACAACCCGCACCCAUGCAACCCAGACUCGGAUGUAGUGGAAAACAAUUUUACGCUGCUCAAUAGUUUCUGGUUUGGAGUUGGGGCUCUCAUGCAGCAAGGCUCAGAGCUCAUGCCCAAGGCGCUGUCGACUCGAAUAGUUGGAGGCAUCUGGUGGUUCUUCACCCUCAUCAUCAUUUCCUCUUAUACGGCCAACCUGGCUGCCUUCCUCACUGUGGAGAGGAUGGAGUCGCCCAUAGACUCAGCCGAUGACCUGGCCAAGCAAACUAAAAUCCUGUACGGUGUGGUAGAGGACGGGGCCACCAUGACCUUUUUCAAGAAGACAAAGAUCUCCACCUAUGACAAGAUGUGGGAGUUCAUGAACAGCAGGAGGCAAUCUGUGAUGGUCAAGAACGUGGAGGAGGGCAUCCAGCGCGUUUUGACCUCGGACUAUGCCUUCCUCAUGGAGUCCACCACUAUUGAGUUCGUCACCCAGCGCAACUGCAACCUCACACAGAUCGGAGGCCUCAUAGACUCCAAAGCCUACGGAGUGGGAACACCUAUGGGCUCUCCUUACAGAGACAAGAUCACGAUAGCCAUCCUGCAGCUGCAGGAGGAAGGAAAGCUGCACAUGAUGAAGGAGAAGUGGUGGAGAGGGAACGGCUGUCCUGAGGAAGAGAGCAAAGAGGCCAGCGCUCUGGGGGUGCAGAACAUUGGCGGAAUCUUCAUCGUGUUGGCUGCAGGACUGGUGCUGUCAGUGUUUGUGGCUGUAGGGGAGGUCCUUUACAAGUCGAAACAGAACGCCCAGCUGGAGAAGCGAUCAUUCUGUAGUGCCAUGAUGGACGAGCUGCGGGUGUCUCUGAAGUGCAAGCGCCGCCUCAAACAGAAGCCUCAGCCGCCCGUCAUUGUUAAGACAGAGGAGGUCAUCAACAUGCACACGUUCAACGACAGGAGACUCCCAGGAAAGGAAACCAUGGCAUAA